GUGUGUGAGGCGCACUCUCGCCGUAUGGUUUCAGGGAUAAGAUGACAAAAGAAAACUCUUGCUUUUCGGGGGUUCUCAUUGCCUGCCCAUCCUUCAGUUUCCCCCCGGUUGAGUGAAUAGGAAUUUGGCAGUCAGGGGUCUUAACCCUUUACAUGGACUGUUGCUCCCAGCAUCCCUUCUGGGUGUUAAGAUGCCUCGUAACUUCCGAUUACUGGAAGAACUUGAAGAAGGGCAGAAAGGUGUGGGAGAUGGCACUGUCAGCUGGGGCCUUGAAGAUGAUGAAGAUAUGACACUCACUAGGUGGACAGGAAUGAUAAUUGGACCCCCUAGGACAAAUUAUGAAAAUAGAAUUUACAGCUUAAAAAUAGAAUGUGGACCUAAAUACCCAGAAGCCCCACCGACAGUUAGGUUUGUAACAAAGAUGAAUAUGAAUGGAAUUAAUAAUUCCAAUGGCACGGUGGAUUCUCGAAGCAUACCUGUUUUAGCUAAGUGGCAAAACUCCUUUAGCAUUAAAGUUGUGCUUCAAGAACUUAGACGCCUCAUGAUGUCCAAAGAAAAUAUGAAGCUUCCGCAGCCACCAGAAGGACAAACCUACAACAAUUAAUUCAUAUGGAAUGAUUUCUGUACUUCCUCUGUUGCCCCCACCACAUAUUAUGGAUGGGCCUGCAAUGUCAGUUGUUGCAUGCCUUUCCACCUCUGAGAGGGAUGACCCUUUCGGCCCUGACAAACCUGUUCUGGGCACAAAUUGCACAUGAUUCAUAUGCCUGAAUGUGUCUCCCAGUUUUGAAGACUCCCAGUUAUGGAUAUUGUAUGCAACAAAAGUAGAUGAUUUAUUCCUAUCACCUAUGUUGCAGCCUUUAACCCAUUCAUUCAAGAAUAUGUUUAAAAAAUUAUUUGGGGUUAAAGGUUGUUAAAAAAGGAUUUUUUUUUCCAUUAUAAUGUUAAUUGCAGAUCACAGCACAGAUCAUUUAAAUUUACACAUCUUGGUUGUUUCUAAAGAACAGCAGUUCAUGUUCUGGUAUUAACUGAAAACAACCUGUUUUUGUGUGUAUAAAAAUAUAUACACCCACAUAAAGCUUCUAUGUGCUGCACCAUAGCCCCAGAUAGCAUUUGAACGUGGCAAUAUUAAUUUCCUAUUACAUUUUUUUACUGCCCUUUGCCAUGUCUGUUGCCUUUAGGUGACUCUGAAUGUUUCACCGACCAAAGAUGAUGCACUUAUGUCAGUCGUGCAGCGUCUACAGAAGAUACAAUGAGGUUUCAGAUUUGGGAUUCUGUGGCUGUCUCAGGCUGCCCUUCCUUAAAUUAGUCUUUCACUCGCAGUUUUGGGAGGUUUAUCUUUUUUUAAUAUCAAAUACCUAUUUUCUAUUUAUUUUUUAACUGGUACUCUUAUUUGUAGGUUUAUGCUUUGCAGAAAUCUAUUAAAACUUAAAAUGCUGAAUUCACCCAACCUAAUUGCUUGCAGUCAGUGUGGUUUAUUACAGCCAUCCCACAGUGAUUUAAAGGUUGAUGGUUUCAGUUUCUUCUAGGAACAUGUUCAAUAGGACUUCUUUAAGGUGUUUUUUGUUUUUUUGGUUUUUUUUUUGUUUUCUUUUCUUUUUUUUUUAAUGGUUGUUAGAUACAUUGUCAUCUACACAUCCAGACAAACAUAACAUGAACUGCUCUUCUGUCAUUGCACUUAUAGAGGAAUAAUUUGUCACAGGCACAAAAAAAAGCAAAUUGCAUAUGUUGGUGUCUUAAGGCACUGUUAAAAAUAUUAAAAACAAGCCUCAAGUUGCCUCCGACUAUCAUAGAGCGUCAUAAGGUUAAAGCAUGAAGUGAAGUUGUCCGGUUAUCUGUUUGCUUUUAGAGUUAAUGUGUGUUUCACUUACUAAUCAAAGAACAGAAUCUGUACGCAGAUGCUAGCUGGUGAAAUGGAAAUGCUUUCAUUUGAAUUGGCAAAUUUAAUUAAUUCUAAUUCUGGUUUUUUUCCCAAGAGGCACAGAAGCAAGUUAUUAGAGUCUAAACAUUGUUGGAUUUGAUCUUGUUAAUUUUGUUUAUAAAAUGGGGGUUUGAUUUCUGUAAAGCAGCUCCUGUUUGUUACCUGUAACAAACAGCAAACCUUUGUUUACAGUCUUUGUUCCAAUAAAUUGCAUUCAAGUUUUAGUGCCACAGAAGUAUAACAAGAGGAAACGACUAUAUGAAUAAUGUGAUUCUGAGACUGCAGCUAGUCUUACAUGUAAAUAAAAUGUGGAAAGCGUUUGAUUAGGCUGUUGUGUUUUUGUUAAACUGAUGACAUUUAUUUAGAAUUUCUGAAUAGAGAGUUUGCUUUCAAUAAAUUACUGGACACUUGUUCAGUUGUCAACAUGCAA